UUCAUAGUACCACUAUUUGGAGGCAAAACCCAUCCUUCAUUUCCCAACCAAAAAAAAAGGAUAUCAGACGAGAGCGUUUGUGGAAGAAAUUGAAUCUACAGCAUUAGCAGAUUGCUGUCGAGCGUUUAUAACUCGUCGGAAAUUAAAGAUGGGGAUUUCGAGUUUUCCUAGUGGAGCGGAAGGGGUGCUACCAAUCUUGGUGAUGAACACAUUACUAACAGUCGCUUAUUUCAAGAACAUGGUAAGGUCUUUGGCUUUUGUGUUGAUGGGUGCUAAUUCUUGGAUUCAAGUUGAAGAUUAUGACCAAACUAAUGGGUUUUUUCAAGAAAAUGUAUCUCAAGAGAGGAGAAUUUCAAUUACCCAAUUCAAAUCUUGUUGUAAUAAUAAUAAUAGAGUGGAGUGUUGUGUGUGUUUAUGUGGGUUUGAGGAGGAAGAGGAGAUUAGUGAGUUGUCUUAUUGUAAGCAUUUUUUUCAUAGGAAGUGUUUGGACAAGUGGUUUGAUAAUUAUAAGCAUACUACUUGUCCUCUUUGUAGAUCUGUUCUUUAGAUUUUGUUGUUAGUUAGGCUUAUGGGGAAGUUGGGAUAUUAAUUUGUCCUAAAAAUAGAUAUACUUUUUUUGUUAGAUUUUAAUAUUUUGGGUGUGAUUUUUGAGCAAAAUAUGAUGUGAAUCUUGCUUUUUAUGGAGCAGUGGAGCAUGAGUUGCUACAUUUGUUUGUACAACUGUUAUGAAUAGUUAUUAUGCCACUUGAGAGUUGAGUGUGUAAUGAUAAUAGCAUUUCAUGGUCUAAAUGUUGUACAUAGUGAUGAAUGGAUUAAAGUAUUGUAACA